AUGGCCGACCAAAAGCAAGGUGGUACGUUUCUCACGCAGUUCGCUUUAGCGGCAGUCUUCAUGAUGUCCUAUUUGCACCGACAGCCUACCCUGCCUUCAACCUUUUACUCGAUUACCCAAUGCCCAUUGCACGUCCUGGCCCUAGGCAGUAUUCUCGGUAACGUUGCGGAUACGGCCGGCAAAGGAGUCUCAGGAGUGACGAACACUGCUGGUAAUGCUGUUGGAGGCAUCGGCAAGGGGCUAGGUGACACGGUUUCUGGUGUCACUGAAGGGCUGGGUAAUACUGCCAAAGGCGCUGGAAACACGGUCAAAGACACCACUGGUUCUGUUGGUGGUGCUGCUGGGGGCGCUGCAGACAAGACAGAUGACUCAAUUGGUGGCAAGAAACAAACCGCGGACAACCCUCUUGGGUUAUACAACACCAGAACCCACUUCCACGGCACAAGCCUCGGGACAUUGGCAAGAUAUGGCACCAUAGCAGCAGGCUUCGGUGCUUCCGCCGGAAUCUUCGCUCUCUUCUUCUUCGGCGAAGUCCCCAAAGUUCGAAACGACAUCCUCAGCAAAAUGCCUUUAAUAGGCGACUAUUUCGUCAGAGAAGUCCCGCCGGAGGACAAUCCGUUCUAA